UAGGAAUUGUAGUAUCGAAAACUUUUUUUUUCAUAUGUCUAUCGCAUUCUCAACGGUUUCGGGGAUCCGUGGGGAGAUGAUGCGUCGAUCAAUAUCCACACACGCCCAAACAUGUCACUGGCUGAUGCUACUCUUCAAUUUUUCUUUUCCUCCAUCAAAUCAUCACUUCAUUUUAAAAAACUACGCUCGUAUUUGUGUUCUGGGUUUGGGCGCAUCUUGCUCCAUGGGGAAAAUUAUAGUUCUCUGUGCCACUUCUAUUACCACUGAGCCUUGGUUACACGAGGGUGGCCAUACCGUCUAGCGCUGUCCGUUCUUUCUUUUGGCCUCUAUAAAACUACAUCUCAUUCUCCUCAACCAUCAACCUCAUCCUUCGUUCAAGCUCAUUUCUGCACUUACGAAUCCAUAUUACGCAACCCACAUAUCACAUCAUGCAUCCCCUCCAUAUCCUCCCAAUCGCCUCUCUCACUGCUGCCAUUGCACAAGCCCCCAAUUUCGCCAUCACCGCCAAACUUUCAUCCUCUAGUUCCCUCAUCGCUAUCCAAGGCUGGAAUCUAACCCACUACCACUUCGGCGCUUGCUACAACUACGCCGUUUUCACAAGCGGUACUGGCCGCACGUUCUACGCCAACGGCACCGCAGAUGAAUUCUCAACCCACACCUCCAAUCUCCUUUCUGAUGACGGCUCUCCUUUCUUGCCAUGGGGUCUUAUCGUCAGUGCUCCCAAUGCGACGGACAAUCAAGGUCGGCGAAAUGUGUACAUCAACUGCGGACCCGGUACCUCUGGCGUGCAAGUCAAGACUGAUGGGUCGUUUCCGAUGAUGGGGAAAGGGCCGAGGGUGGUCUAUGGAACGGGAGAGUUUUACGUUUGCAAAUCGAAUUUCGUGUAUGGUCUUGCUAUUGCGCUGUAUUACCGCGAGGCAGGGGAGGAGACACCUGCACGGUGUUCAAAUGUGGAGCUGCAAACGCAAUGUCUGGAUGAUAGGACGGAGCAUCCGUAUCAGCAAGAUUCUUGGUGCUAUAAAUCGCUGGAAUAA